AUGCCGAUCGUCGUCCAUCGUCUCCGUCGUCGCACUCACAGCUUCCGUCCAUCGCCUCAGUGCCUCCGUCGUCCUUCUCUGUCAUCGUCGCAGUCGUCCAUGCCUCCGUCGUCGUCCAUCGCCUCUGUCGCCUCCGUCCUCAGAUCUGUGUCAAUCUCUCUCUCCUCAGAUAUCUCUCUCUUCCUUUCCCUCUCCCUCCUUUCCACUGCCGCUCCGCUUCCACCGUUGCGCCGCCUCCGAACUCCACUGAUAGCAACUCUUCAUCUUUUCUUCCUCCUAGAUCUCAGAUCUUCUCUCUCCUCCGAUCUCCACCGACAGCAACUCCUUCUGCCUCUCGAACUCGGCUUGCAAGGUAAGAUUUCUGCCUCUCCCCUUCUUUCUGUGUCGGGCUGUGUUUUGGUUAAGAUUGCGUCAGGAGCAUUCUCUGGUGCCUUUGCAACUGCGCUGACCAACCCUGUGGAAGUUCUGAAGGUGCGGUUGCAGAUGAAUCCAAACUUGAGAAGAGGAGCAAUAGGGGAAAUGAGAAAAAUUGCUUCAGAAGAGGGAAUAACGGCUCUCUGGAAGGGGGUUGGCCCUGCUAUGACUACAUCACAGCUUGCAACAUAUGAUGAAUCCAAGUGGAUGAAGACUAGAAGCGAAUAG